CAAACAACACGCCAAAUCUAUUCAGAGUGCACGUAAUUUCUAAUUGAGUGUCAAGUUUAAAGAUGAUUCAAAUGAAAAUAUUAGUGGUGCCUUUGCUGCAGUCAAUUCUUUUGAUUGGCUCCCUGGAAGCGGGUUGCCCUGUAUACCUUACAAUUUCUCUAACUGGCAAGACACUUCAGGACACCUUUCUGGAGAUAAAUUGGGGUCCCAACUGCUAUGGGCCGCCCCAGUGGGUGGGCAUCUAUGGCCAGGAUCCGACCAUCUCCAAUUUUGAGCCCGACCUUCGUAUCAAUGGGAUAGCCAAUAGGACGGGCAAGAUGAUAACGCCCAUUAAACUGGGCAAACUUCAUUUCCCUGGCGGCUGGAAUCGGCAGGAUGGUAGCGAUCAGCCUGUAACCCAAUAUCCCACUGGCAAGUGUCUGCCGCAUUAUGUGGCCAGUUACAAUGGCACCGAGCUGCUCACCGUGGAUUGCCUCAAGAUCCAGCCCAACUGGUUGGCCCAGAUCAAGGACGUCAGUCAGAUGCCGCUGAAGAACAUCUUUCUGCCUGGCACACAUGCCUCGGGAGCCGUCGUCGGGAGCUCCAGUAAGACAAAUUCGAUUCUGGUCAGGGAUUAUCUGGUGGCCCAGCAAUUCGAUAUUUGGUCGCAGCUCGUCUUUGGCAUUCGCUAUCUGGAUUUUAGUAUAGGUUACAAGAACAUGAACACCGAAAAUGAUGCGGACAAUUUCUGGAUAGCCAACGAGAACAUGCUCAUAACACCUUUGGUCGGAAUUCUGCGUGAUGUUCGUCAGUUUGUAAAGCGUUCUGGGGAGUUGAUAAUACUGGAUUUCAGUAGCUUUCCCAUUGGGUUUUACAAGCACCCGGAAAUCUACAGUUCGCUAUUCCGCCUUCUUCGACAGGAGCUUGGCGAUGAGGCCUAUAGGCGCAAUGUGACCAAGAACGAGCAUUGUGCUGAUCGAAAUUUCCGGGAACUACUGCAGCAGAAUAGACAUCUAGUGAUAUUAUUUCCCUCCCAGGAGCUGCCCUAUCCAGAGAAUGAAUCGAAUCUGAUCUGCCCGCCGUGGCAACGCUUUAGCAGUAGCUUCAUGAACAUCUCGCAGACCCUGGAUUAUAUGCGUCUAUUGUUCAGCAAGAAGCCGGAUUCGCCGGUUCGCGACGAUGGCUGGAUAUUCACCGCCGUGAGAAGCAUGGAGCAGUCGCUCAACGCCCAUCAACUGCUGACCGCCAAGCAGCGGGCGGCGGCACUCAAUCCCAAAGUUAAUCAGUGGCUAAAAGGUCCUUGGGGCAACAAUGCCAAUGUCGUUGCUAUGGACUAUUUCAGCAAUACCAAUAUUGUGGACCUGGCCAUACAAGUGAAUGCUCACAAAGCCUUUAUCAUGGCCAACGAAGACUAUGUCAAUUUGGAUAUUUUGAAUUUGUGUUGA